CCAUAGAUUUUGUAUCGUUAUAAUCUAUCUGUGGUUCAGGAUGAAUUCUAUUUUUUUGGUUAGGACCCCAAAAAUAUUUACAAAUUUUCCUCUUGUCUGCAAAUUUUCUUCAGUAAUUAACAUGUCUUCAAGUAAUUGUAUAUUCUGUGAUAUUGUGUCUGGUACUUCCCCAGCUACAAUCGUUUACCAAGAUUCUGAACUUGUUGCGUUUAAUGAUAUAAAACCUGCUGCAAAGCAUCAUUUCUUGAUCGUGCCAAAGCAACAUUUCGACAGUAUAAAUGUGUUGAAUGCUAGCAAUAUACCUUUAGUGGAAAAAAUGGUUGAUACAGCUAAAAAAGUAUUAGAGGAAUUAGGGGGUGACUUGAACGAUGCUAGAUUAGGCUUUCACUGUCCCCCUUUUAAUACCAUUAAACAUUUACAUCUUCACUGUUUAUCUCCAGUAGGAGAGAUGUCUUUUCUUCAUAAAAUGAUGUUCAGACCGAAUACUUGGUGGUUUUCUUCCGCCGAGCAAACUAUUGAAAAUCUUAAGAGCAAGAUCUAAGAAAUACGAUUUUUUCGAGGGAAAUAGAAGAAAAUAUGGAUGAAACCUGAGAUGUAACCACCAGAUGAAAGCUUCAUCUGGUGGUCUCCAAACACAUUUAGUAUUGCACUGGUUAUUAUCUUUGUGCACUAUAUACUGGUAUUUAAGAGAAAGAGCUACUAUACUAUACUUACAUGCAUAUAUAAAUUUUGCAUUAAUAUACCUUAUUCAUUA